UGACGCGCUCAGUGAAAACGCACUCUUAUAGUUCAAUGAUUAAGAUUUUAGGUUAGGUUUCAAUAUUAUUGUGACAAGUAAAACGAUUAUACUUGUAAGCUUUGGAUUGCAUUUCUUUGUAAACGAAUGAGAUGGGUUUACUUACGGAUCCCAGAGCUGGAACCGGCAAAAUCAUAAAAUUAUUAUUAAAAUGGGAAAAACCGUUAUGCUUUGUAUUAUAUACAGGAGGAGUUAUAUGGUUAAUGCUUCUAGCGUUACCGGCAUUUAACGACAAUACCUAUUUUUCCGAAAAUGCUUUACUACCUGGAUUAGUUACAAAAGAGAGUAACCUGGAACAAACGUCAAAGCAGUAUUAUCAUGAACUAAUUCACGAAAUGAAAAGAUAUCCAGAUAAUAUGCCUUAUGCAUGGCUCUCGGCAAAGUUCAGUCAGCUUCAUUUAGAUGUAUUUGUACAUAAUUUUUCCUUAAUUUAUCCAUUUCAGAAACAAAAGUUUGCAGGACAAAAUAUUUAUGGCAUUGUCAGAGCUCCGCGAGCAUCCAGUACCGAAGCUAUUGUAGUCAGUGUGCCAUAUAGACCUAUUAACAGUAUCUAUUUAGAUACUGCACCUUCAAUAGCUCUAUUACUUGCAUUUGCAAAAUUUUGCAGAAAACAAAAAUAUUGGGCAAAAGACAUAAUAUUUCUUGUAACGGAACAUGAGCAAUUGGGCAUGCAAGCAUGGUUAGAUGCAUAUCAUGGAGUUACCAGUGGUCAGGAAGGAAUUUUAAUAGCAGGAGAUUUAUCAGGAAGAGCUGGAUCUAUUCAAGCUGCUAUCAAUCUUGAGUUUCAUGCGAUGAAAAUCACAUCAAUUGAUGUUAAAAUUGAAGGACUAAAUGGACAGCUACCCAAUCUAGAUCUUUUUAAUUUAGCGCAAAAUAUGAUCGCUAAAGAAGGGAUUCGACAAUCUUUCCAACGUCGAGUUGAUGUCAAUUAUAGGGAUAAAUUAAAAAAUUGGUGGUAUCAUUUCAACACAUUAAUGAGUAUGAUUGCGACACAAGCCACUGGAAUACCAACUGGCAAUCAUGGACUCUUCCACAGGUUUGGUAUUGAAGCUAUUACGUUAGAAGGCUUCAAAAAAUCUGGAAAAGAAACAGAAGCAAAUUUUUACCAAAUAGGACGCAUAGUGGAGAGUAUAGUGAGAUCACUUAAUAAUUUAUUAGAGCGUUUCCAUCAGUCGUAUUUUUUCUAUUUAUUGCCUUCUACUGAUCGAUAUAUUUCUAUUGGAUUAUAUAUGCGACCUUUGGUAUUAAUAAUCACUAGUAUUUUUAUAAAGGCCUUUUCUAUUUGGCAAAGAUUACAAACAUCAAAUAAUUCAAAUGAAACAAAAAAGGACAAGCAAGAUUUAACGAAUAAGGUUGAAGAAUUUGACAUCGGAAGUAUCGCUUCUGAAAUACUGUGGGCGCACAUAUUUGGAGUAUUAAUAAUGGCCUCUCCUCGAAUUUUUACCUUAAUUGGAUCACAGGUGUUUAAUCUACGUACAGAGGAUUCAUUGUACAUCAGUUUUGCCCUAAUCACGAUUCUCACGUUGUUAUGGCGCUUUUAUCUAAGGAGAUCAAUCAAAUACGAAAAUAUAUCGCUCGUAUGUGUUAUUGCAUUAAUCGAGUUAGCUACCGCGUUAAUGUGCAUAGCCAUGCAUAAUUUCUCAUUGGCUUUAAUGACAGCCGUUGUAUAUGUGCCAAUUAUAUUGUUGAUAACACCGCAUCACGAGUCUGCGUCCAGAUUCCGCUGCAUCCAGUAUAUUGCGUGGAUUAUGUUACACCCGUUUAUUUCGUCGACAAUUGUAGUGAUGGGCUACACAUAUCUGAAUUUUUCUACUGACCCCAUUCCAUCCUUGUUUUUUAGAAGUUACCGCGCCAAUAAGCAAGCGCUCGUAUUUAGUAUUGUUGAUUCCAUGAUAUACGGUAAUUGGUUCUACAACAUCGCUACUGCCGUCAUGUUACCGAUAUGGUUGUUAUUUUGGAACGUUAUGCGCUCCAGCAUCGCGAUCCCCUCGCGAUAAAACGAUUGUGUAAUUCACGAUCGAAUUUCUAUCGGCUUGAGUUGCUCACGGAUAGUAUUUGAAGUGUAAUUUUUCGCGCUAUGAUAAGCCAACUAAUUUAACUCGUUGAUAAGUAUUCAAGGAAAAUUGUUUUCUGGGCAAGCCUUUUUGACAAAGCAAAGUAGGAGAAGUACAUUUCGAAAAAAGUCCUUGAAGGUCGACUUAUUUUCUCAUAAGGCUACAUGUUCGUCAAUAAUACGUCAGCCAGUAGAUAUAGUAUAUCUCGCCGAUAACCCUUGUGACAUUCUUACUGCGAGUCCGCUCGAAUAGUUUAGUACGUGCAGUGAGCGCGUGGAGUGAGCAUUGAACGAAUGCGUGCGUUUUUAGGUGAAGUAUCGAUGCAUUGAAUGGAAGCAUAACGAUGUGAGUUUUUUCUACAAAUAAAAUUACGCGUGACGCUGGUAUUCUGACACCGAUAAUGCUACGUAUUAUUCAAUUGUGAAUGAUCUUGAAAGAAUAUUGCGUACUGAUCGCCGCGUGUUACUUCAUCUAAUCGUUCCUGAUGCUCAAAUGUCGCAAUAAGUGCCAUCCGACGCAAUCACGACCUCCUCGAGCUUCACGUGUUUACGUCCGUUCGAUAAAAAUCAUAUUAAAAAGCAUUUUUUCUUAAUAUAUUUUUUCAAAUAAUUUUUAUUUGUGGAUAUUCUCUCUGUUCUUUGCUUGCGAUAUGUAAUAUAUGUAAAUCUAUGUAAAUUUGUUACGUAAAGAUUACAUGUUACAUUCGUAAUAUUUGUUUUGCUACCUGAUGCAUUUCAAAAACAUGCAAAUACCUAAUGCUGAAAAUAUAUUUUUUAACAGUGUUA